GAUAAUUGUUUGACGGGGCAGUUUUACUAUAAUAUAUAUAAGUUGUUAAUUUGCACGAAUUAAUGUGUCAAAAUAUAUAUUAUUCCAGGCAUUUGUUUUCAUUGAUGCAUUUCGCUGCAAAACGAAGCAGGCGUUAGCGAAGACACCUUCGUCUACUCUAACAACGUAUUAUUCAAAACUACCGGGCGCGAAAAGAGCGCUGAGCUUGAGAGUGACGUGCCGGCCCGUAGGUCCUGAGGUAGAGCAAGCAGAAAGAUGCAUAUAAAGUCCAUUAUCAUUGAAGGGUUUAAGUCCUAUGCUCAGAGAACAGAGAUCAAUGGCUUUGAUCCACUUUUCAAUGCCAUUACUGGACUUAAUGGCAGUGGCAAGUCCAAUAUCCUGGAUUCUAUUUGCUUUCUUCUUGGUAUUUCCAAUCUUACCCAGGUAAGAGCUUCCAAUUUGCAAGAUCUUGUGUAUAAAAAUGGUCAAGCUGGAAUAACUAAAGCUACAGUAUCUAUCACCUUUGAGAAUCUUGACAAAAAACAGAGCCCUCUAGGAUUUGAGGCACAUGAUGAGAUUACCGUGACAAGACAGGUUGUCAUUGGUGGCAGAAAUAAAUAUUUAAUCAAUGGCGUCAAUGCAAACAACACCCGUGUGCAAGAUCUUUUCUGUUCUGUGGGUCUCAAUGUCAAUAAUCCUCACUUUCUGAUCAUGCAGGGAAGGAUAACAAAAGUCUUGAAUAUGAAACCUCCAGAGAUUCUAGCUAUGAUCGAAGAAGCUGCAGGUACCCGAAUGUAUGAAUGCAAAAAAGUGGCUGCUCAAAAAACUAUUGAGAAAAAGGAAGCCAAACUGAAGGAAAUCCAGACGAUUCUAGAGGAAGAGAUCACCCCAACUAUACAUAAACUCAAGGAGGAAAGAUCCUCGUAUUUGGAAUACCAGAAGAUCACUAGAGAAAUUGAGCAUCUAAGUCGUCUCUAUGUGGCUUAUCAAUUUGUAUGUGCAGAGGAGACCAAAGUGCGUUCUGCUGAGGAACUGAAGGAAAUGCAGGAUUCUAUUCAGAAACUUCAGGAGACCAUGGCUGAGAAUGAGCAGAAGGUUAAAGAACUGAGCAAAGAGAUAGGGGAGCUGGAGAAAAAGAGAGAUCAGGAAAUUGGAGGUGCUUUACGUACACUAGAGGAAGCUCUUGCUGAAGCUCAGAGAGCUGACACUAAAGCACAGAGUGCUCUGGAUCUGAAGAAACAAAACUUGAAAGGUGAAGAGAAGAAACGCAAAGAGUUGGUCAAGAGUAUGGAAGAGGAUGCCAAGGCUUUAAAUAACAAAGAGAAGGAAAUUAAGAAGAUUACAGAUAGCUUCAGCACCCUGCAAGAGACCAGUCAGAAGGACACCGAGGCCUUUACAGCUGCGCAGCAACAUUUUAAUGCAGUGUCUGCAGGUCUGUCCAGUAAUGAGGACGGGGAGGAGGCUACACUUGCAGGACAGAUGAUGACUUGCAAGAAUGACAUAAGUAAAGCAGAAACUGAGGCCAAGCAGGCGCAAUUGAAACUGAAACAUGCACAGCAGGAACUAAAAACGAAGCAGGCUGAGGUAAAGAAGAUGGACAGUGGCUACAAGAAGGACAAUGAAGCAUUUGAAGCUGUUAAGAAAAACAAGGAGAAACUUGAAGUGGAAAUGAAGAAACUCAGUUAUGAAGAUGGAAAAGAGGAACAGCUUUUGGAAAAGCGCAGGGAUUUAUCUCGGAAUGUAGGGCGCCUUAGAGAGACCUAUGAGUCGCUGAUGGCUCGCUAUUCCAGUCUUUACUUUGAAUACAGGGACCCAGAAAAGGGUUGGGAUAAGAACCGUGUGAAGGGUCUUGUGGCUAAACUGAUCUCUGUGAAAGACCUUUCUACUGCAACAGCCUUAGAAGUGGUGGCUGGGGGUCGGCUGUACAAUGUUGUGGUAGAUACAGAGGUUACAGGUAAAAAAUUGCUUGAAAAAGGUGAUUUGAAGAGGAGACUUACCAUCAUUCCCCUCAAUAAAAUUUCAGCUCGUCGUAUAGGAAAUGAUACCAUUAAUGUUGCAAAAAAUCUGGUUGGAGCUGACAAUGUUCACCUCGCCCUUUCAUUGGUUGGAUAUGAGUCAGAGCUGGAAAAAGCUAUGGAGUAUGUGUUUGGCACCACAUUGGUCUGUGACACACUUGACAAUGCUAAAAAAGUGACCUUUGACAAACGCGUGUUAACCAAAACUGUAACUCUUGGAGGAGAUACCUUUGAUCCACAAGGAACACUUAGUGGAGGUGCUCGUUCCCAGGGCCCAUCUGUGUUAGCCAAAGUACAGGAGAUCAAAGAUGUCCAGGAUGAAUUGAAAGCAAAGGAGGCAGAGCUGCAGACAGUGGAAAAAGAACUGUCUUCCCUAAAAAAUACAGCUGAAAGGUAUCGACAGUUAAAACAGCAAUGGGAGAUGAAGUCUGAGGAAGCAGAUCUCCUUCAAACAAAAUUACAGCAAAGCUCCUAUCACAAGCAACAAGAAGAACUGGAACAAUUUAAGCAAACAAUUGAUGAAUGUGAAGAAACUCUGAAGAAAACGAAGGAGAUCCAGAAAAAAGCUGAAGAAAAGUAUAAAAUGCUAGAGCACAAGAUGAAAAAUGCAGAGGCCGAACGAGAGAAAGAACUAAAGGAAGCGCAGCAGAAAUUAGAUGCAGCAAAGAAGAAAGCGGAUGCUUCCAAUAAGAAGAUGAAAGAAAAACAACAAGAAGUCGAUGCUCUUGUUUUGGAACUUGAGGAACUAAAAAGAGAGCAAACAAGUUACCAGCAGCAGAUUGAAGCUGUGGAAGAAGCCAUGAAAACCUACCAGGAGCAAGUAGAUAGCAUGGCAGCAGAGGUUGCUAAAAAUAAGGAAGUAGUAAAGAAAGCUCAAGAAGAACUUGCCAAACAAAAGGAAAUUAUCAUGGGUCAUGACAAAGAAAUUAAGAACAAAUCAACUGAAGCUGGCAAAAUUAGGGAAAGCAACAAUGACACCCAGCUCAAAAUAAAGGAGUUAGAACAUAAUAUCAACAAACACAAGAAAGACAGCGCUGAUGCUGCUGCCAGAGUUGCAAAAAUGCUGAAUGACUAUGAAUGGAUUUCUUCUGAGAAGCAUCUUUUUGGCCAAGAAAAUACAGCCUAUGACUUCAAAACCAACAACCCCAAAGCUGCAGGUCAAAGACUACAGAAACUACAAGAUAUGAAGGAAAAGCUGGGCCGAAAUGUUAACAUGAGAGCAAUGAAUAUGUUAACACAAGCAGAAGAGCGGUACAAUGACUUAAUGAAAAAGAAAAGAAUAGUGGAGAAUGACAAGUCAAAGAUUUUGGAUACAAUUGAAGAACUUGAUCAGAAGAAAAAUGAGGCUUUGAAUAUUGCAUGGCAAAAGGUCAAUAAAGACUUCGGCUCUAUCUUUUCAACACUUUUACCUGGGGCAAAUGCUAUGCUGGCCCCCCCAGAAGGGCGGGGUGUACUAGAUGGACUGGAGUUUAAAGUUGCAUUGGGCAGCACGUGGAAAGAAAAUUUGACAGAACUAAGUGGAGGGCAACGCUCACUUGUGGCGCUCUCUCUCAUUCUUGCCAUGCUUCUCUUUAAACCUGCUCCAAUUUAUAUUUUGGAUGAGGUUGAUGCUGCUUUGGACCUUUCCCAUACACAAAACAUUGGUCAGAUGCUUCGUACGCACUUCAGACACUCACAGUUCAUAGUUGUAUCGCUGAAAGAUGGAAUGUUUAACAACGCCAAUGUCCUUUUCAAAACCAAGUUUGUGGAUGGAGUAUCUACAGUUGCCCGGUUUGCUCAAAAUCAGAAUGGAGGAGCUUCCACAACCCAGCAGAGAUUAGACAAAAGCAAGUCAAAGGAAAAACGAAACCGCACGCAAGUGGAGGCAUAAAAGAUUUUAUUAUCAAAGACUUAUUUACUGUACAGUACAGAUGGCGCUCACUUGCCAGCCUACCGUAACAUUUCCUUUUGUAUUUAACUUCAGGUUUGUCCUAGUCUUUCCUACAAUUCCAUAGGAUGUGACUGUUCUUUCCUCACUGUAUAUAUUUUUUUGUGGUCAAAAAAUGAUUUUUAAUGCAUCACAACAUGAUAUAUGUAAUAAACUAUGAAGGCUAAAUAGAUGCAUAACUAAAAUGCUCUGAUUCUUCUAUACACACUAUAAAGCAGCGUAGUCCAGAAUUUGGUCAAUGUUUAUGCUUUGGAAAUGGCUUUCAUAUUUCCUUUUCUCUUUGUAUAUGAAUAAACUUUUUGGAAUAAAAAUGUUACCUUGAUCUUU